AUUUUUGGUGCAGAUACAGCUCAGUGCCGCCGUUCCCCUCCUCACACCCACUCCCCCACACCCCUCUCUCUCUCUCCCUCCCACGGACGUUUUCUUGUGUUUGUUAUGAAGUGACAUCACUCGUGCACACACUAACCCGAGCCGAAGAGUGGAGCCGCUCAGUUGGUUCAGGGCUCGGGCUGUGGAGACGAAAGCUCCAGGAAUAUGGCGUCCAUAGGCGACUUCGAUCCUCUGCACGCCAACAUCCCGGCCACCAAAGUGGAGAUCACCAUCUCAGGCAGGAAUCUUUUGGACAGAGAUACAUUUUCUAAGUCAGACCCAAUUUGUGUUUUGUAUUUGCAAGGAAUUGGAAACAAAGAGUGGAGAGAGUACGGAAGAACAGAAGCUAUCGACAAUACAUUGAACCCAGAUUUUGUACGAAAAUUCCUUCUCGAUUACUUCUUUGAAGAACGCCAGAAUCUCCGAUUUGAUCUGUAUGAUGUUGAUUCGAAAAGUUCAAAUUUAUCUGAACACGACUUCCUGGGCCAAGCAUUCUGCACAUUGGGAGAGAUAGUUGGUUCACAGGGAAGCAGACUGGAAAAACCCCUCGUGGGAAUUCCUGGAAAGAAAUGUGGAGCAAUUAUUCUAACAGCAGAAGAAUUGAGCAAUUGCCAUGAUGUUGUGGCCAUGCAGUUUUGUGCCAACAAGUUAGAUAAAAAAGAUUUCUUUGGAAAGUCAGACCCGUUCCUCGUAUUUUAUAGAAGCAAUGAGGAUGGAACGUUUACCAUUUGUCACAAGACAGAAGUUGUAAAGAACACAUUGAACCCAGUGUGGCAAGCCUUCACAAUCCCUGUGCGUGCUCUCUGCAAUGGAGACUUUGACAGAACUAUCAAAGUGGAAGUUUAUGACUGGGACAGAGAUGGAAGCCAUGAUUUUAUUGGGGAAUUCACCACAAAUUACAGAGAACUUUCCAGGGGACAAUCACAGUUCAAUGUAUAUGAGGUGCUAAAUCCAAAGAAGAAAGCAAAAAAGAAAAAAUACAUUAAUUCUGGAACAGUUACGUUGCUUUCCUUUGCAGUUGAAACUGAGUGCACUUUCCUUGAUUACAUCAGAGGAGGGACACAAAUCAAUUUCACCGUGGCGAUUGAUUUUACUGCAUCAAAUGGUCACCCUGCUCAACCAACCUCUCUCCAUUACAUGAACCCUUAUCAACUUAAUACUUAUGCCUUGGCAUUGAAAGCCGUAGGAGAAAUCAUUCAGGACUAUGACAGUGACAAGAUGUUCCCAGCCUUAGGAUUUGGUGCCAAGUUGCCUCCAGAUGGGAGAAUUUCACAUGAAUUUGCUUUGAAUGGAAACCCUCAUAAUCCAUAUUGCCAAGGAAUUGAAGGGGUUAUGGAAGCUUAUUACAGGAGCCUAAAGUCUGUGCAACUUUAUGGACCAACUAACUUUGCUCCUGUAAUUAAUCAUGUAGCAAGGUAUGCUGCCUCCAUAAAGGAUGGCUCACAGUAUUUCAUACUUCUUAUUUUAACUGACGGAGUCAUCUCGGAUAUGGCACAAACAAAGGAAUCCAUUGUCAAUGCUUCUUGUCUUCCGAUGUCGAUAAUUAUUGUUGGGGUUGGGCCUGCAGAAUUUGACGCAAUGGAAGAGUUAGAUGGGGAUGAGAUUAGGAUAUCAUCAAGAGGAAGGUAUGCUGAGAGAGAUAUCGUUCAGUUUGUGCCUUUCCGGGACUAUGUUGAUAGAACUGGAAACCAUGUGCUGAGCAUGGCUCGACUUGCAAAGGAUGUCUUAGCUGAGAUUCCAGAACAGUUUCUCUCGUAUAUGAAAUCAAGAGGAAUUAAGCCUUCUCCUGCUCCACCCCCAUAUACUCCUCCAGGUUACGCAUUGCAGACACAGCUUUAACAGAGGGUGAUUCCAACAUUCCCAGUUAUCACUGUUGAUCUGAACCAUUUUGAGUGGCCGAGUCAGCUGUUUUUAUCAGAUUGCACGGCAAAGACUUAUGGAUGUUGUCAGCUCAGGAAGAUUCCAAGAGUUUCGGCUGGGGUUCAAAUUACAUGGUGUCAAGCAUAUUGUUCGUCAGGCAAAUACUGGAGAGAGGCUGCAUGAAGAAAAUAACUGAUGCUUUUAAGGGGAAGAGAAGGUCCUUGCCCUCAUAGCUGAAACAUCUCCUUUGGAACAGUGGAAAUUGUGGACUUUUCUGAAGAAAAAUUAUGUUUUUUUUUAAAUAGUUAUGACAGGGGAAUGAUGAAAGUUUAAAAAUUAAUUGGAAUUGAAGUCCUUAGCUAUUAUAAAUAAUUGAGAAUGUGCAGUUCUUUUCCUUUGAAUGUUUACAUGUUAAUUCUUUUUACAACUGAAUCAUUUUUAUAAGCAUAUACUUCCUGUAAACAGUUUUAAAUAUUGAAAUAAUUGUGAUUUGCUAGUUUGUUGCACCUCUGUUUGUUGAUGAUUAACUCAUAUGGAGGGGCCUGUUCCAGUACACCAGUGAUUCUCAAACUCUGGGGUGCAUGAUCUGGUCAGGAGGGAUUUGGAAAUGGACCUGACUCCUGAUCCACCACUGCUUCCUGAUGAUCACUACCUGACACUUCCAAUUGCAACUCAAAUCUGUGAUCAUCUCCCAACCAACUCUCAAUUGGUCAUCCUUUUCAUUCCCUCACCACUUGAGCGACAGUGCAAAUGCUUCAGCCUGAAAAAAGUAGAAGUGGGAAAAGGAAGAAAAACAGAAAUGACUUGGAAAUGAGAAGAAUGUUGACAAUAUAGGCUUUUCUUUGAACUGUUUGAUUGAAAAAGGCCUGGAAAAGUUUGAGAACCACUGCACUGCACCAUGCCAAUAGUGUGCAAGCCUGUAUCUAUCAGGUGAAUGUGCCAGAAAAGUAACUGCACAGACAUGUGAUCUUGUGCUCAUUUUCUGUUUAUUAAGCUCUCCAUUAAUUUGUAAUAUGCUUGUUCAAAUCUUACAGCACGUGCCCCUAGCUGCAUGUACAGUUUUUGGAAGAGAAAUGCACUCUUUUGUGAGUAGUGUGCUAGAUUAAAUUCAGUACAAAAUGGCCUUAAAUUCUCAGCAAAUACUACGAUGACUUUUUUGCAUUAUGCCUUUCGAUAUUGAAAAAUGUGACAUGUUUUUGAAACCUUUUUUGUGCCAACACGGUAGUUGCUUUUUAAUUUCCCGCCGGAGUGGAAACUUAUUGCUUAAUUUAUUUACUAUUCUGCAUUUGUAUGGAAAUUUUGAACAUUAUAGUUUCAAUAACAAACAAAAUACAUAGGGUGGAUUUGCAGGGCGAUGACAGAAUAAAAGUGACAAAAACUUGUUCUGUAACUGUAAAUCGCUUACUAGAAAAAUCUUUUUUAAAAUGGAAUAACUAAAUUUCUUAAUAUAUAUGUACAUCAGAAUACAGGCAAACAGAAAACUUAACAUGUUUAGUACCAAAAAAAUCCAAAUUACUUUGAAAAAUAAGAAACAAGAUGAAAAUUGUGUUCUCAUAACGAUUAAAUGUUUGUUGGAUUUUGUACUCUUCACACUGUCACUAAAUUACAUUUGUGCCACCUGCAGUGAGCCAAAUCCUUUUUUGUAAUGAUAAAAAAAAUUAUAAUUUUUUUUUUAAAUUUGUUUUAGCUGUGAUACAUAUCUUUUAUGCUCAACUUCACUGGGGAAGGUGGGACCAAGUACACUUCGCUACUUUAAGCAUUCAUAAAAGUUGAAUUGCUUUGUGACACUUUUCAUGCUGGUGCAAUAUUGACAGCUUUAAAGGUGCACUAGUUAGUGGCACUAUAUCACUAGGCAGUACAUUUUGCCAACAAAGGGAAAAUUAUAGCAAGAAAUAAGUAUUACAUUCUCCCCUCCUUCCCCCCUUAAAAAAAUGCAAAAAUACAGGGAAUCGAAACCUCAUGGUUCGCUGGCUGUCAAACCUACCUGUGUAAGGUCAACACUCUACAUAAUGAUAGGUAGCCCUGUCACCUUACUGCAGAGGUAUACUUGUAGGGUAAUACAAUAUACAUUUGAAAAUAAAAUGCAACAUUUCUACUAUUCAUAUCAAGCCAGCUCUGAUGCUAAUGUGAAAAUGGGUCCACUAAUUUGGUUGGGAUUAUGUUACUUGGCUUUGUGUUACUACAAGUAUUUUUGUUUACAAAUUUUAGCUUCAUUUUAUCCUUCAUAAUCAUAAAUAUUUGUAAUCAAAUAGGAUUUCAGUAAUAGUUCUGAAAUUAACAAUUAUGUUUAUCUUUAUAUAUAUGUUUCUAAAAAUUACUAUUUGAAAAGUUUUAAGAAGUUACAGUGUAUUAUUGACAGUGGCUAGUUUAUGUUAAAGAGGCAUGUACCAAUUCAAAUCUUGUAUUUAAUACAGUUUGGGUAGUCUUGUUGAAUAGUGAUUUUCAGAAUCUAUUGUGCUCUGAAUGUUUAACACCAAAUAUAUGCUGUAUACUUUUUACACACUAUCGUACAGACUGUUUUCAUGAAAUCUUAUAUUGUCUAUCUACAGAAGUAUUACAUACUAUUAUUUUAACACUGAGUAAAAAAAUUAAAUUAAA